CCUUUGCUAGAGUAAAAGCCAGAGCCAGAUUUGUUGUUAUCAAUUGUCAUCAUGGCUACUAUGAAAGAUGUCUUGUCAUUAUACGAAAAUCUGAAGACAGAGUGGUCUAAAUCGCCUCAGAAUUUAAAGAUAAUCGGAGAUCUCCUCGCAAAAUUGAAGAUUGGUUUGACAAAUUUAAUUUUUCUACCUACAUCUAGCUCCAAACCGCAGGAAAAUAUCACACAGCAAGAACUUUUAUUAGCCCGUGGUAUUUUAGAAAUUGGCGCGCAGUACAGUAUUGCAACAAAGAAUAUUCCAUCUUUCGAGCGUUAUAUUGCACAGCUCAAAAGUUAUUACCUAGAUUAUGAAUCCCAGUUGCCGGAGUCACCUUAUAAGUAUCAGUUGUUAGGAUUAAAUCUCUUGUUUCUUCUAUCUCAAAACCGUGUAGCUGAAUUCCACACAGAAUUGGAGCUUCUUCCGGCAGAACAAAUUCAGACGAACAUUUAUAUCAGACAUCCAUUAUCUUUAGAGCAAUAUUUAAUGGAAGGCAGUUACAAUAUGAUUUUUCUCGCCAAGGAUAAUGUACCUGCAGCAAGCUAUAACUUUUUCAUCGAUAUUCUCCUCAAUACGGUCAGAGAUGAAAUUGCUGGAUGUCUAGAAAAAGCUUACCGAAAAAUACAUAUGAAAGAGGCGGCAAGAAUGUUGCAUCUGCCAAAUACAGCAGCCAUGAAAGCGUAUGAAGAGAAGAAAUGCUGGAAAUUAGGACAGGACAGCUUUUAUUCAUUUGGAUCAGAUGAAAAGGGCACCGAAGAAACACUACCUUCAUGUAUGCUUGCAGAAAAAGCCAUCGAAUAUGCACGAGAAUUGGAAAUGAUCGUCUAGAUUUUUUAAUGCAAGAAAAAAACGUCUAUUAAUAUCGCCCUUUUUUUGUAACUUUUCUAAGUUCAUUUUAUUCUUUUGUUAAACUUAAAAAUUUGCAGGCACGGAAAAACUGUAUUUUACUAGAGCAAAAUGCCUGCAAACUGUUUUCUUUUCUCAUUUUUUACUCAUUGUGUACAGUCUUUAACCAUGAAGUCCAAGUCUUGAAUAAACUCAACUAAAACCAUC